GGGUGUGGGGUGCACAAGUAUGAGCCUUUGGAUGUGGGAAUAUGGGCCCUGGGAUGUGGGAAGCCGGGCUGUGGUGCUGAGGAACUCCCAGGACCCUUCCAGCCUGAGUCCUGCCUGGAAAACCCCCAAUCCAGGGGGAUCCAAACUCCAGGGGGAGUAAAUGGGGAUCACUGAGGGCUCCCAGUCCUGGAAAAUCCCGGGGUGUGCUAUUCCAGGGGGUUCCGUGGCCUCAGCCCUGGAAUGGGGGUAUUCCUGGGACAUGGGUUGUGUUACUGGGAUAAUCCUGGAAUGGUUUGAGUGGGAAGGGACCUCAAAGCCCAUCCAGUGCUGUGGGCAGGGACACCUUCCCUCUUCCCAGGCUGCUCCGAUCCCUGGGUAUCCCUAUGGAAGAGUUUGGAGGGGCUGCCCCUGCUCAGCUCUGGGGUGCCUGUGCUCCAUCCCGGUGUUUUCCAUGGAUUUGUGUCUCGCUGAGGCCUCAGGGAUCACAGAUCCCACCUGGAGGCUCUCCCAGGCUCAGGAUGUUCCUUGGAAUGUUGUCCUGGUCCUUAAUUUCCCACUGGGAGCUCCAGGGCUGUCCGACCAAGCCUGGGAACUUCCAUCUGGGAGAACAGGAGUUUUCCAGGUGCCUCGGGAAUGUGCAGAGUGAUUCCACCUGUUUGUGGGAAGGAUCCAGGAACACGGAGCUGGAGACCCGCUUGAAGCCUCCCAGGGAUCUAUUUUGGAAGUUGGAAAACCCGGAGAUGCAUUAGAAUUCCCAGCCCUCCCUUUCCUAAGGUAUGGUGUGAAUAUGCGUUGCUUGGCAGCUCGGGUCAACUACAAGACUCUGAUCGUCAUCUGUGCCCUGUUCACGCUGGUGAUGGUGCUGCUGUGGAACCGCUGCUCCUCGGACACCUCCGGCCCCUUCCCGCGGAUCCCGCCGGGGCUGGAGCGCCGCGGGAUGGCCGAGGACGAGCCCAGGCAGCACAGUGAGGAGACCUCCCCCCAGGAGCAGCAGAAAGCCCCCCCCGUGGCCGGGGCAGGCAGGGCCCCCGCGCCCAAGUACGAGGAGAUUGACUGUGUGAUCAACGAGGAGCACACCGUGAAGGGCAGGAGGGAGGGCAACGAGGUGUUCCUGCCCUUCAGCUGGGUAGAGAAAUACUUUGAGGUUUAUGGGAAAAUUGCUCAGUACGAUGGUUAUGACAGGUUUGAAUUCUCUCAUAGCUACUCCAAAGUAUACACACAGCGGGCUCCCUACCACCCCGACGGGGUCUUCAUGUCCUUCGAGGGCUACAACGUCGAGGUCCGUGACAGGGUCAAGUGCAUCAGCGGGGUUGAAGGAGUUCCCCUCUCCACCCAGUGGGGGCCCCAGGGCUACUUCUACCCCAUCCAGAUCGCCCAGUACGGGCUGAGCCACUACAGCAAGAACCUGACGGAGAAGCCGCCGCACGUGGAGGUUUAUGAGACAGCCGAGGACAAGGACAGGGGCAGGGCCGGGGACUGGGCCGUGCCCAAGGGCUGCUCCCUGACCACGGUGUGGGACAAAGCCAAGCUCACCGGGGUCAAACAGUUCUCUGCUCCAGACACCAGCGAGGGGGUGUCCCUGCAACUGGGGAACACCCGGGACUUCAUCAUCUCCUUCGACCUCAAGUUCGUGACCAACGGCAGCAUUUCGGUGGUGCUGGAGACGACAGAGAAGAACCAGCUGUUCACGGUGCACUACGUGUCCAACACGCAGCUCAUCGCCUUCCGCGACAGGGACAUCUACUACGGCAUCGGGGCGCGCACCAGCUGGAGCACCCUGACCAGGGACCUGCUCACCGACCUGCGCAAGGGCGUGGGGCUCUCCAACACCAAGGCCGUCAAGCAGACCAAGAUCAUGCCCAAGCGGGUGGUCCGGCUGGUGGCCAAGGGCAGGGGCUUCCUGGACAACGUCACCAUCUCGGCCACGGCGCACAUGGCCGCCUUCUUCGCCGCCAGCGACUGGCUGGUGAGGAACCAGGACGAGCGGGGCGGGUGGCCCAUCAUGGUGACCAGGAAGCUGGGGGAGGGCUUCAAAUCCCUGGAGCCGGGGUGGUACUCGGCCAUGGCGCAGGGCCAGGCCAUGUCCACGCUGGUGCGGGCCUACCUGCUGACGCGGGACGCGGCCUUCCUGGGCGCGGCCCUCAGGGCCACCGCGCCCUACAAGCUGCCGGCGGAGCAGCGCGGGGUCAAGGCCGUGUUCAUGAACCGGCACGACUGGUACGAGGAGUACCCCACGUCCCCCAGCUCCUUCGUGCUCAACGGCUUCAUGUACUCCCUCAUCGGGCUCUACGACCUGAAGGAGACGGCGGGCGAGAAGCUGGGCCGGGAGGCGCGGCUGCUCUACGAGCGCGGCAUGGAGUCCCUCAAGGCCAUGCUGCCGCUCUACGACACCGGCUCGGGCACCAUCUACGACCUGCGCCACUUCAUGCUGGGCACGGCGCCCAACCUGGCCCGCUGGGACUACCACACCACCCACAUCAACCAGCUGCAGCUCCUCAGCACCAUCGACGACUCGCCCAUCUUCAAGGAGUUCGUCAAGAGGUGGAAGAGUUACCUGCGGGGCGGGCGGGCCAAGCACAACUGAGCUGCCACCAAAGCCGCCGGCCGGGUGACGGCCCCGCUUCUCUACGGCCCGUUCGAAGAAGUGAUCCUUAGAACUGCUCUCCUGAAAUCACUGCAUUCCAGGGUGGGAACCUUUGGGUCCGAGCGGUGGGGCCGGGGAGCGUCACCCGUCCCCUGCGCUCCGCCAAGCGAAACCCCCCCGUGCUCCUGAGUCUGAGGCUGGGUUUUGUCGGGUUUUAGUUUUCCUUUUUGCAGGAAAAUGUUUGCAGAAGCCAUAGAGGUCUCGAAAGUCCCGCAGGCCUCGCCUGAAGAGUUAAUCCGUGGCCUCUUAAACUGAGUCUAUGUGUCUCUGUGGGAACAGCUCCUGUGGUGUGACGCCGUCGAUGUGACUUCACUCGUAGCCUGGGUAGUGCACAGUGUAUCUUUUAAAGGCGGGGGUGUUUUUUAAUAGGAAUUCUUUUCUCGGGGUGACAAACACACCUUUUUAAGUUUUUCCCCAGUCCUCUGGCUGGAGAUCCUUUAGCUGGAGGGUUUCUCCCCAGACGUGUGGGCGGAGGACGCGCGGCCGGCGCCACGUAAGCACAACUCGGUGAGGCUCGCGGGGCCCCCGGAGCCUGAGCCUCAUCACCCCCAGGUUCACCAUCACCCCUCACUGGUGUCACCUCAGAGCUUGGAUCCCUCCUCUGGAGCCUGAUGUCCUGUCUUGGGUUUUGUGAUUCCCUCUGAGAGGUUUCUCUGAGCUUUGGCCGCUUCUUUUUGGGGACACUCAUGGCGAGUUGCUGAGCGGGACGUGGAGCUCGUCCCGAGUCGCUCAGGAAAUUCGGUUGGGGUUCAUUAAGGUUUUCCUGAGGUGAUUUUAAUUUUUAACCUGCUCGAUCCAUCAAGCAUUUUAGAAAUUGAAGUUACCUCAGAGGGCUCUGCAGCUCUGCCUGGGCUUUAAUUCCUGAGAGGUUGUGGCUGCCCCAUCCCCUUGGAAGUGUCCAAGGCCAGGUUGGACAGGGCUUGGAGCAACCUGGGCUAGUGGAAGGUGUCGCUGGGUUGGAACUGGAUGAGCUUUAAGGUCUUUCCAUCCCAAACCAUUCCAGGAUUCCAUGAUUCACUGUCUUACAGUGUAAGGGGUCAUUACACCUCCAGCAGUGGCUUCUUGGGUGUGAUUUGCCUUUGUGGCUCUGCCAAGUGACCAGUGGUCCCUGUGCACAUCCCAACCCACACAUCCCAACCCACACACUGGAAUGGAGAAGAAACCAGGUGGAUUCUUCCCAUUUCCCAGUCCUUUACACCCACAUUACUCUGAGGUGUCUGGGGUGAUCCAGAGGAGUCAAACCAACCCAUGGCUGAGGUUUGCUCUGACCCCAAACUCCCGGAGAGGACACGGAUUGACUGUGGGGCUCCCACUGCUCCCAUUCCAUGCUGUCCAUGGAGGUGGGGCUUCAGGUGUUCACCCAAACCCCAGGGAGGCCGGGCACAAGGACAACAUCCAUCUGCAUUUGAGCAUUGCUUUGAUUUUUUUGAUGCUUUUUGGGAUUUCUGGCAGAGAUUUGAAGCAACUUUUGAAUUACUUGAUGUUCCAGCCCAUGCUCCCACCACACGGAUCCGUGUGGGACGUGGGGGUGGAGGAGGAAUUUCAAUACCAAAGGUAGCAGAGGUGAUUUUUGUUACAUAUCUGUGCGCACACAAAACCACCCUAAAAAUGUGCUUCCCCCCCAAAAAACUGGUCCUUCCUGCGACAUCUCCCUCCUGCUUCUUCCCUCCACCCUGUCCCCGUUUGGGAGUUGGGGAAUCUGGAGACACCCUUUGGGUGCUGCUCGAGAGAUGGUUUUGGUGCCUUAUGGAGGCCACAAUUUCCAAUUUUUGUUGUUUUUUUUUUCCCUAAUUACAUCCAAUUCCAGGAUUGGAGCGUGGCUGAUCCGGCUCGGAAGCGCGAGCUGGCCGUGCCAGCACCAUCGGUCUUGUCCCACCACCUGAUCCUUAACAUCCCAUUGCAUUUUCUUGGCCUUAGCACUGGUGGAGCUCCAAGGAUGCCCCACCAGAGGUGGUAGGACCGUGGAGAAUCCGUGUGGAGUUUCUCCUGGCAUUCCCUCAGUUGAGUUGUGCGGUGGCAGAGGAUCAUCGGACACGGCACCAACGCCAGCGGCGCCCAAACCUCCACCAAAUCCAUUUUGACUUUUUUUGGGGUUUUUUGUUGAUUUUCACUCUCCAAACCGACACACAGAUCUUUGGCACUGAGCCCUCAGACUCCAGACUCCGAUCCGAGCUCUCGGAGCCCCGGAUCCAGCGAAUCCUCCCGCGGGAUUUGCCGUCCCUGGACGCCAUCAGAGGCGUCGCGCUCGCGGAUCCCCCCGACCAGUGACACAAGCACAACCCUCCCAGUGGGCAGGUGCCAUUCCCUGGAAGCUGCCAUUCCCUGGAAGCUACCAUUCCCUGGAAGCUGCCAUUCCCUGGAAGCUACCAUUCCCUGGAAGCUGCCAUUCCCAGGAAGCUGCUCUUCCCACCCCCCUCCUCGUGGGGCUUUGGUUUGCCGGGUUCUCGCUGCGCCGCCGUGGCCGGGCGGGCUCUCCCCGUGUGGUAAAUAUGCAAUAACUUGUUUACAGGAUGCUCUGGGCAGGGUGGUCCUUUGUAAAGCUGUACAGCCUUUGCAGUUCAAGCACAAUGUGCACAGUUAGUUUUCUAUUCAGCCAAACCUGAGUUUUUUGCAGCAGGAAGAGGUUCCUCUAUGUUUCUAUACGACGUGAAAAUGGGUCAGCGUUUGUGCUUCGUGUAAAAGCUGCUUUAUAAGACUGUAAAAUAAAUUUUUUUAUCUUAAGGCAA